UUCCCGGAGUCUCUUUGUUCUCUCUCUCCCUCUUCUCUGACAAAUUGACGAACGCUACCGACCGAUGAUGACGAGCUCCACCCGCUCUCUGUUUUAACCAUUCAAGCACCUUGGGGGAUGGACUGGUUGUAUUUGCCUACUGUCACAGUUUUUGAAUGAUGUUCAGUGGGCAAAAGAGUGCUAAUGCUCUUAGCAUAUUUAAAUGGAAAUGGCAUCGUGAAUCAUCUUUAACAACUGGAUUGAUUGAUGAUGUGCCUCAUGAAAUUGAAUUGUCUGACUACCAAAGAGUACCAAGUCCUGAUAAUGAAAGCCCUUCUGGGCUUCUAAAUGGUGAGAGCUUGAAUGUUGAACCCAUUGCUGAUUUAGACCUGUUCUUCGAGAGGCUUUACAGCUACUAUUGCGAGAAGGGGCUUUGGUGCAUUAUUGUGAAGUGGAUAUUCGAAUUCUUGAGCCUUGCUUUUACCAUAUGUUUCUCAGGAUUUUUCUUAUUAUAUGUUGAUUGGAAUGGCCUUCGAAGUGCGAAGUGUGGGAUGGAUGCAGUGGAAUCUGGAAUAAAACCUUGUGAUUUGGCUAAGGAGGCACUUCAUCAGCAUCCAUUAACUCCUUUUACGCUUUCCAAAGCUAUAAUCGUGGGAUAUUUGGGAAUAUUUUCCAUCUAUUUGAUCUUCUGUUUCCUAAGAUUUUUUGCUCAAUUAAGGGACACACUAAAAAUCCGCCAAUUUUAUUAUGACAGUCUUCACGUCAAAGACAAUGAACUACAAACCAUGCCAUGGGCAUCAAUUCUAGAAAAAGUUGUUCAGUUACAAAGUUCACGACAAUUGUGUGUAGUCAAGGAUCUUUCAGCCCAUGAUGUGGUUAUGCGAUUGAUGCGGAAGGAGAAUUAUCUGAUUGGGAUGCUCAAUAAAGGGGUGCUUGCUUUUCCAAUUUCUCAGUGGGUCCCUGGUGCUGGUCCAGCUGUCAGAUUUGGCCCAAAUGGUACAAUAAACCGAUUAAUAUUAACGAAGACCCUUGAAUGGAUUUUAAAUUGGUGCAUAUUGCAGAGCAUGUUUGACAGAAAUUUUUGUCUUCGGAGGGACUUUGUUUCUGAUCCUAAAGCAUUAAAGAAAAGGCUUGUGGUAGUUGGGCUUGCAAUGCUUCUCCUUUCCCCAUUUCUAGUCAUAUUCAUGCUGGUAUAUCUUUUCUUGAGGCAUGCUGAACAGUUCUAUAAUCACCCCAGUACGGCGUCAUCUCGAAGAUGGUCAAAUCUGUCAAAGUGGAUGUUUAGGGAAUUCAACGAGGUUGAUCAUUUGUUCAAGCACCGGAUCAACAGCAGUGUAAUACAUGCUUCCGAUUAUUUAAGACAAUUCCCCUCUCCUAUUAUAUCUAUUGUCGCAAAAUUCAUCUCUUUCAUUUCUGGUGGCUUUGCCGCUAUUCUGAUCAUCAUUGCAUUCCUGGAGGAAUCCUUGCUAGAGGGCCACAUAUUCGGUCGCAACUUGUUUUGGUAUGCUGCUGUUUUCGGCACCAUAACAGCUAUUAGCCGGGCUGCGGUGACUGAUGAGCUUCUGGUCCUUGAUGCCCAAGGAGCCAUGUCAAUGGUUGUCCAACAUACACACUAUAUGCCAAAAAGAUGGCGUGGAAAAGAAAAUACUGCUAUCGUGCAGAUGGAAUUCGAAACUUUAUUUCAGUACACUGGAAUGAUGUUACUGGAAGAGAUGGCCUCAAUCUUUCUCACGCCGUACUUACUAUUAUUUGUUGUACCAAAGCAGGUGGAUGAUAUUUUGAAGUUCAUAGUGGAUUUCACUGUGCCUGUUGAAGGUGUUGGUCAUGUUUGCAGCUUUAGCGUCUUUGAUUUUCAAAACCAUGGCAAUAGCAGUUAUGGUUCACCUUACAAUUCACCUCGCAUUCAAAGGAGUUCCCAGGGGAAAAUGGAGAAAUCAUUCUUGAGCUUUCACAGUAACUAUCCUUCAUGGGAACCAGACUCCGUGGGAAAACAAUUCCUUUCUACGCUCAAAACAUUCACGGAGCAAAAGUUACAUGGGCAGGACACCGGGCCUGCAUAUCAAACCCCUGGAGUACAGCAACGGACCCCGAAUUUGAGAGGCUACGGUCGCAGAAAUUUCUUCCUCUCGAGGGAAAUGCCUCUUAAUAAUCCGGAAACUGGCUAUCGAUUAGGUUCAAUGUGGCCUAUCAAUGGGGAUCAAAAGAAUUAUUCAUAUAUUCUUGAUUGGUACUAUACCACGCGACCUCACCUUGCAACUGAGAAUUCGACUGGCAUUCCAUCAGGACCUUUUGACAUUGAGGAAGGCCCAAGAGAUCUUUUGACGCCGUUCCACUUGUCACAAAAUGAAGCAAUAUAUGAAGAAAACUGGCGGCACCUCUAUGAAGACCGACCUAGGAGUCAUCUCGAAGCUUCUACAUCAGCUACUCUCUUCCGAGAAAGUGUACAAGAACAGCGUGUGGAUAGCAAUAUGGCACAUCCUACUAGGAGCCAUUGGUGGGCUAGAAAUCAUACACAAGGCAUAGACCCUCAGACAAGUUUUCUUGAACCUCCGAAUUUCAACAGCAACCCUCAUAAUUAUUACGAUAAUUUCUCAGAUAGAAGCUUCGAGGAGCAAGAACAUAAUUUGGAAUUGAAUAGCUCUCAUAGAUUGUCCCGGACCUUUUACAUGGAUGACCUGGCUGGAGGAGAUUUCAAUCCUCCAUUUGACAUUUAUAGUAGAGGUUCUGAAAGCCCCAUUACUAAGAAUCCAAAUCCUGCAAACGUUGUGUGAUUACUCGAAUCCAAGUUGUUCUAUGAGGUUCUGGUUGUAACAUCAUUGGAAUGUGUAGGGGUUCCGAGUCGGGACUAUAAUCUCCGUUGUUGCAAAAAGGAAGCUCUAGAUUCUUUGUUGUAUAUAAUAAUUCAUUGCAAGGUUAGGUUGCUUAAAAGACCUCAGGGUGAUUUGGAAGGGCCCAUAAAGCCUUGUGAAAAUUAAAAAACAAGCAAGCAAGCAAGCUAUUGAUUGUUCCCCAAAUUUCAGUUUAAUCUCGAUGAAGCUAGUUCUUCUCCUUUUUGGAUCUUGGUGGUAGUUUUUUCAUGGUUCUCAGGGUCUGUUUGUGCUUUUUGAUAAAAGAAUCCCGGUUAUCAUUUGAGGGUUUGGCUUCGUGUAAUGCUGAGGUUGUUCCUGAAUGUCCAGGGUUGAGCCGAAAUAGCUUCUUUGUAUGCGGGAUUAAGCUUACAUAUAUCUAAUUCUCUCCAGAUUUUGC